UUGACAGGUCGUGGUGGUAAUCGUGGUGGUAUAGUUAAUCAAGGCCCACCUGCUGAAGUAGUUCCUAUGGGUGCUUUUGUUCAUGAAUGUGAAGGAGAAAUGGUUUGCAAAUCCAUUAAUCCUAAGAUUCCUUAUUUUAAUGCACCCAUUUUUCUCGAAAACAAAUCACAAAUCGGUAAAGUAGAUGAAAUCUUGGGUCCCUUAAAUGAGGUGUAUUUCACUGUCAAGAUGCAAGAAGGCAUGCUUGCUAAAUCAUUCAAAGCCGAUGAUAAAGUUUAUAUUGGUACAGAUAAACUUUUACCUCUUGAACGUUUCCUGCCCAAGCCUAAAGUAGCUAGAAAAGUUGGAAAGGCUACAGGACUUCAAGGUAAAAACGCCUCUCGUGGUGGACGAGGCGGUGCUAGAGGUGGUGCUAGAGGUGGUGCCCGUGGUGGAUUUGGUGGUGCUCGCGGUGGAGGCCGUGGCGGAUUUAGUGGCGGCCGUGGUGGAUUUGGUGGUAAUCGCGGUGGUCGUGGUGGUAAUCGUGGUGGCAACCGUGGUGGUCGUGGACGUUUCUAA